AUGGAGGAUAGAACUCUGCUGCAGAACAUGCGCCAAACUCCCACUCUAAGCACACCCGCACUUGUUGUAUCCAAACUCGUCAUGACAAUCCUGCCAAUCGCCCAGAUUGCAAUAGGUGGGAUUUAUCUGAACAACUGCCCCCAGGAGCGUUACAUCCCCAUCUACCUGCUGGUCUCAGGGGCCUUCGCAUCGGCCCUGGCUGUGCUGUCCUGUCUGCCCUGCAGUAAGGAGUCUGAGGAGGGGGGCCAGAGCCCGCUCAGCAGCUUCUGUGCUGCCUGGAACUCCCUCGUCUCUCUCUUCCUGUUCUGCUGGUUUAUCGCAGGCAACGUGUGGAUCUACUCCAUAUACCCUGCCAACUAUGACGCAACAAAGCCUCCUUACUGCGACAAGACGCUCUACAUGUUUGCUUUCUGGACCACCACGCUGGUGUACAUCUUCAUAGGGGCGCUGUUCGUGGGGGGCUGUUGCGUGCUUAUCGUCAUGUGUCUGUGCGGGAGGGACGGACCUUCUACUGAUGACGUCUGA